GCAGGACUGAGCCGCGAGAGCAGAGCUAAAACAAACAGCUGUGACGGGGUAAGAGCCGGCCGAACAGAGAGAGGGCGAAUCCUGUCACCAGCACCCUCCUCUCCCCCACCUCCCUCACACAGAGCGCGGACCCUUCCCUCGUCUGAUCCCUGGGAAACCUCUUCUCCAGGUUAUCUGGCUCCCAGGCUCCACUGGGGCUUUCGGGAUGAGGCGGAUCAGGGCUAAUGCCAUUGCAAUCCUGACUGUAGCCUGGAUCCUGGGCACUUUCUAUUACUUAUGGCAGGACAACAAGCCUCAUUCGGCAGCCUCCAGCAGAUCCCCUAGCAGCAGCGGCAGGAAUGGGCAGAGAUCAGCUGCGAGGCUGGAGAGCCACAGGGAAGAUGGGACCAUCCCCCUCAUUGUGACCAGAGUCCCACAAGCAGAGAAGAGCAGCCUGAGGGGUUUGGAUGAAAAGGCUUACCUGUCCUCCAAGCUGCUGAAGGCCGGAGAAGACCCAUACCGACAACAUGCUUUUAACCAGAUGGAGAGCGACAAACUCAGCAGUGACCGGCCCAUUCGGGACACCAGGCAUUACAGAUGUGCCUCUGUGCACUAUGAUGCAGAACUGCCAGCAACCAGCAUCAUCAUCACCUUUCACAACGAGGCUCGCUCCACCCUGCUCCGCACAGUGAAGAGUGUUAUGAACCGCACCCCUGCCAAUCUCAUUCAGGAGAUCAUUUUAGUGGAUGACUUCAGCUCAGAUCCUGAGGACUGCCAGCUCCUUACCAAGAUCCCAAAGAUCAAGUGUCUACGCAACAGUCGGCGAGAAGGGCUGAUUCGCUCUCGAGUGCGAGGGGCCGAGGUGGCAACGGCUGAGAUUCUCACCUUCCUGGACAGUCACUGUGAGGUGAACAGUGAGUGGCUGCAGCCGAUGCUUCAGAGAGUGAAAGAGGAUUAUACCCGAGUGGUGAGUCCAAUCAUCGAUGUGAUCAGCCUGGAUAAUUUUGCCUACCUGGCAGCCUCAGCCGAUCUGAGGGGAGGGUUUGACUGGAGCCUUCACUUUAAGUGGGAGCAGAUCCCUAUAGAGCAGAAGAUGUCCAGAACGGACCCAACCCAGUCCAUAAGAACCCCUGUCAUAGCGGGAGGCAUCUUUGUGAUCGAUAAGUCCUGGUUUAACCAUUUGGGAAAAUAUGACACUCAGAUGGACAUCUGGGGAGGAGAGAAUUUUGAGCUCUCCUUCCGCGUGUGGAUGUGUGGUGGCAGCUUGGAGAUUGUUCCCUGCAGUCGAGUCGGCCAUGUGUUCAGGAAACGCCACCCCUAUGACUUUCCAGAGGGCAAUGCACUGACCUAUAUCAAGAACACCAAACGCACAGCAGAGGUAUGGAUGGAUGAGUACAAACAGUACUACUACGAGGCCCGGCCAUCUGCCAUCGGGAAAUCAUUUGGAAGUAUUGCAGACCGCAUGGAGCAACGCAGGAAACUAAACUGUAAAUCCUUCCAGUGGUACCUGGAGAAUGUCUACCCAGAGCUCAAGGUUCCUGAAAAGGAGCUGGUUCCUGGGAUUAUCAGACAAGGAGGACAGUGCCUGGAGUCUUGGGGCCAGGACACAGCAGGAAAUUCUGUGGCUGGUGUGGGAGGCUGCAAAGGGACAGUGAGCAAUCCCCCUGUCAGCCAGGAGUGGGUCUUCAGUGACCCUUUAAUUAGACAACAAGAUAAGUGUCUCUCCAUCACCUCCUUCUCCACCGGAUCUCAGAUCACACUGGAAGCAUGCAAUCAGAAAGACGGCAGACAGAAAUGGAAGAUGAAAGGCAGUUUCAUUCAGCACUUUGUCAGCGGCCUCUGUCUGGAAAACCAGUCCAGCAGGGUGGUGACCAACCCAUGCCAAUCGGAUAGAUCCGGCCAACAGUGGGAGCUGCUACAAGCCACAUGAUGCAAUCAAAGGUAAGAGAGGGCACAACCCAAUAGCCGAAUAGAGCUCGGAGCAACAAGUACUGAGUAACAGCUCUCUCCUUUCUUUGCAUUGAACUUUAUGAUCUUCAGUCCUGUGGAUUCCAUGUAACCAGUGGUCUUGACAAUGCUUCUACAGACUCUUGGUGGCUCCUGGGCUCCACUGACUUUCCUCUAUAACAUCUUGUGUUAUUUGUGUGUGUUGUCUCGAACUGCUGCAAUGAGGUUGCUUUGUGGGAAAUGCAACAUAACUAAUGCAUGGGUUGGGAGAUGGGCAGUGGAUCUGAGGGGCAGGGACUGUGUUGGGACAGGGCCUAGCACACUGGGGCAUCAUUCUUGGUUGGUCAGUCUGCAGACACUGCCAUUGUACACAUAAUUUGUAGUAUGGAUGGAGAAUGGGCAGAGGAGGGGUAAUGGAUGCAGGGGGGGAAGGUUUGUAUUUGUGCAGUGUUCCACUGGAUCAUGUCAAUGUCAUUCCUUCCAGAGUUUCUUUUUACAGCUUCCCAUUUCCUAUGGGAAAUAGCCAUGAUGGUCAGGAAGGCUUCUGUGGUGAGAUCUUAGAGAGGCCAAAUACCAUUGCUGUAGGUGGUAAUCCAAACCCAACUCUCAUUAACCAGUCAGAUUGGUGUGCUUCAUAUGACGGAGUCCUAGGAUAGGAUGCAAGCUUAUUAUGAAAUGCCAGUAUCUGUAUAACAGCCCCUGCUCUUGUACCCUACACCCAGGGAACCGGAGAAAUAGCCAGGCUUUAGUUUGUGCAUUUCCUUCCUCCCCCAGUGUUACUCUGCUAUGAGUUGACCUGACAUUCAGAAAAUGACUGGCUAAAUUCUGGGAUAUAGGAGGUUGCUGGAGGUUACUCUGAGACUGAUAGAUCUGAUGCUACAACCGCUAGGAAAUGUCCAUUAAGCCCCACCCCGAAGGCAUUCCACGGCACUGCACUGACAGCGUGUGUUGGUGUAUUCGGUGAUGACAGGCCAAGCAAUGUGGAGGGAGCCAAUAUCGCUCCCUUCUGCCUUUCCUCAGCUGGGAUGCACUAACACAGAGAGAGUGCAAUCCCCUGGGUAAUUACUGUGUUCUUACUGGGGGUUAUGCCAAAGGAGCGCAGUGAAGUGUGUGUGUGUGUGUGUGUGUGUGUGCACAUGCGCUGUCCAUGUGAAUACAGCCUGGGGUAGCAGCUCUCCUUUUACUAACCUUCACCCUCUCUCAAAGACAGGCAGCUAAAAGGUUUGAGGAUUUUGCUGCUCUUCUUUCAUUAGCUCUUCCCAGCCGAGAAGACCAGCUUUUCCCUCCAAAGGGUUAGUACUCACCCACCCACCUUCCCUUUUCUGAACCCACUCCCCAUUCCAUUAGUGCUCACACUAAGGCAUUUCCUUGUGUUCUCUCUCACUUCUAAAUGGGGAUGCAUACAGUCCAAGUGUUUGGUCACUCGCACCCCAACCCUUUUUGUUUUCAUCCAUGCAUAGGUGGAGAGGGAGGGCAAGAAUUCACCCUGCUGCUAUUGGCACAAAGGGGCUCUGAUCACCAGAAUCUGCCAUUCCUAACCCUUCACUACCAGACAGACAAGGUGUGCCCGUAAAGGCCUCCAGUUCUUCUUUUACUUAAAUGAAUAUGGUGUGGAAAGGCCUGGUACUGAGAAUACUUGUGUAUCCCAAGUUGUGAAGGCGUUAGCAAAGCUGAGCCUUUCUCUUUUUCAUCCAGGAGACCAAAGGUCUCCUAAAGAAAUAGCAUCAGGAUACAAAUCCAUACAUUAAGAACAAUCAGUCUGUGCUACAUACCUGAAGUUAUAAAAAUAGGGGAAACGCUAAAAAUUUAGUGAAUUUUCCUUACUUAUGCUGUUUGCUUUCUGUAAAUAGAACAGCCAGUUUCACUUUCUGUUUCUAGUUAGUAUCCCUUUUUGUUUUCUGGGAGCCCCCCAGUUGUGUGUCAGGUUUGAGUUUCCAGAGUUGCAGGAGGUGGUUUACAUCUGGAAAAAAGCCAAAAUUGUUUUAAUUGACAAGCCUAUUAAACCCUUUGUAUUGCUGUUGGAUUUUGUAAUCCCCACAACCACCACUAGAACAGGGCAAAUAUAGCAAAACAAUGAGCGUAUUUCUUUAAAUUCUAAACAGCUGUUUGCUUUGACCAUAUCUGUGUCUUCUUUUUAAUUCUCUAUUCACAAAUGAUUUAGUUGCACACUGGAGAACAGUAGCUCUUUGUACCUGUAUCUGCAUGUGAAUAAGAGUGCUGAUAUGAAAACAAGAGGAUUCAUCAUUUGCUAUUAUUCUUCUGUUUAAAAAAAAAAAGUUUGUCAUCCAGACAGGUGGCAGAAUCCAUACCUGAGCAGUAGACAAAGCAGCAGGAGUCUGAACGUUUGGGUUCUUUUCUGGCUCUGCCAAAGUGUGUGACUUUGAGCAAGUCACUUAACCUCUCUACACUUCAGUUUCCCUAUUUUAAAAAUGGGGAAGAAAUACAGAACCUAUUUCAUAUGGGUGCCAUGUGAAUUAAUUCAUUAGUGUUCAUAAAGUGCUUUAAGAUUUUCAGAUGACAGGUGCUCUAGAGGUGCAAAGUAUUUAUCCUUUAUUAGCUCUUGUUUUGUUUUUCCAGCAUAUUGAAAACUGGAAGUCCUUGCUGGUUCAGGAUAACAUUCACUGGCUGAUAUUUCAUUUCAGUGUAGCUAGUCAUCUUAGUAAUGUCCUUGGAUGAAUCUGAUGAGUGAUCUGCGUAGCGAAUGAAAACUCAGGCGGCCAUUCCCCACUCCCAGUUGGGGCAAGUUCCAUUUGGUGCAGCACUACCUGUAUGGGAGGAGGGAGUGCUGGGCAGAGUCCAGGUGUACUGCUGCCUUCUCCUCCUGUGUCCUGCAGAGAUGCUUCAGUGCCAUGCAAGUGCACAUCAGAAGGAUGAAGAAGAGCAAGGGCAAGGUCUUAGAGACAGAGAAAGAGAGAAUGAAUACAGGGAAAAAGAGGAAGAGCCAGGCAUGUUCUUAGGAUUUAUGGGGCCCUAUGCAGUAUUAUUAAACUGGUGCCCCUAUGCUCCACUGAAGGAGGUCCCCAGCUGGCUCCAGUGUGACCCCAGUGUGGCGAGGGGGCACAGCCACCACCCCCACAUAUGGACCCCCAGAAUCUCCCCCGCCCCUACAGCCCCUAGCCACUCCUGGCUCACCCUGAGCAUUUUGACAGGAAGUACCAAGCAGUAACACCACCACCAAUAAUACAAGCGUGUGUGUGUGAGAGAGAGAACUAGUGCAUGUGAGAGAGACAGAGAACCUGUGUGCGUGUGAGAGAGCGACUGUGUGUUGGGCUGUGUGACAGAAUGUGUGUUGGGGAGUGUGAGACUGUGUGUGUGUGACAAUCUGUAUUGGGGGACUGUGACUGGUGAGAGGCAGAGUGCACGUGGGUGUGAGAGCCAGUCUGUGUGUGUGUUAGGGAAGUGUGAGAGACAGUGAGCGCACUGUCACUUGAAGCCCCCCCCCCCCCGCUCUCUCUCUCCCUCUCCCUCUCCCGCUCAGCCACCCGCCGCUGAUUCCCGUGGAAGUUUCGCUCCCCGGCCCGGCCCCCACCGGAGAGCGAGCAGCGCAGGCAGGCGGGGUCCAGGGAGGGACUCCGCUCUGGGCCCGCUGGGGCUGGGUCGGCAGAGCCGGAAGCGGGAGCCCUCAGCCAAGCGGCUGAGAAGCAAGCGAGGGAGGGGGCGGGGAGAAGCCCGCCGGCUGAGCGCGGGGGGGGCGGAGAAGAGAGGAGACCAGCCGCGGCCCGCGAGGGGAAUGGUGCUGCACGCAGCCGCGUGUGCCUAAGGGCGGCGCUGGGACGAGGCAGCAUCGGGAGAGGGGGCGGAGAGAACAGAGGGAGAGGAAAUGAGAGCAAGGGGGAGAGGAAAACUGAAAGAGCGAGCGAACGUGGGACAGCCAGGCCCUCGGGAAAAAAGAUAAAGUCCUUCGCAUCCCAGCCCCAGGCAGGAGGCGCUGCUUCAGGCAGUGGGGAGCAGGGAAGUCUAACUUACCUGGCUGACAAAACUAAAAGGAAGAAAGAUUGAGAGGAAGUGGCUGGUAAUUUCUUUGUGUGUUCAAAUGCUUGUAGACUGCAGCUUUUUGUCAAAAUAGUGCCUAAGGAGACCCCCUGCGCUUCCCUAUUUUCCCACCCUGCAGGUUAAUAUUCCUUGCUAGCAACUUAUUCGUACCCCUGAGCGACGUAAGUUAUGCCAACAUAAGUGUUAGUUGCAUCCGAUGAAGUGAGCUGUAGCUCACGAAAGCUCAUGCUCAAAUAAAUUGGUUAGUCUCUAAGGUGCCACAAGUACUCCUUUUCUUUUUGCGAAUACAGACUAACACGGCUGUUCCUCUGAUAAGUGUUAGUGUGUCCAUAGCCUUCCGCGUGAGACAGGGAGAGAAGCGCUGUCUUACUUGCAGUUCCCUUUUAAGAAUUUGUCUGGUAACUCCACUGGGGGCUAAAGCCAGCUCUAACUCCACCUCCUCAAACAAAACAAUUGCGGAGGGUUUCUCUUUGUGAGGAGACCCUCUGAAGAAACGUUGCUACUGGCUCUGGCUCCUGAGCCCUGUAUGUAUGGAGUCUCCACGUUCUGAAUCUUCCAAGGUUGCUGUUUGACUAAAGGUCAGUCCUGGUUCAAGAGCUCCAUUCACCAAUAAAUAUUCCAUGCAAAAUCAACCCCAAGUGAUUUCCUCAUUGCCUGCACUGGGUGUCAGGCCCAGAAGUACCUGCAGCACUGCAUGCUAACAGAAGGCUGAAUUCCAAAAUAUAACUCCCUCACACAUCUUUGGUGAUUUACAUUACGAUCAAUCAAUCGUUUGCAGAUCUCCUGUUUGAUUGUCAUGAUCCUUGAUAAGGAACCAGUACAGAGUGCUACUUCUUUCCAUUUCAGACAAACCAACCACCUUCCCAAAGCAGUUGAGGACUCGUCUAAAUCGGUUAUAAAUGUAUUUCCUCAUAGAUCUUACGUGAGGGAUGUGAUCAUCACCCUUUCCACACAGGGUGCUGCUUCUGCUAGUCCAAUUCCAUUAGUGCCAUAUCUUGAAGCCCUUUCUCAGUCAAAGCUCCCACUGACUUCAGUGGGAGCUUUGGCUGGUAAAAACCUCACGGUUU